AUGUCCAAGCCAUCUACAAAUAGAGGUAAAACGGAGAAGGGGAAAAAUGCAAACACUUCCCUUGUUGUCCAAGAUGUGAUUUCUGGAAAACUGUCGGAUUUAGAGUGGAAUUCCUUGUUUGAAGAUAACCUAUCAGAAAAGAUAUGUCAUGAAAUAACUGAAUACAUUGUUGGCAAGUCGUUCGAUGCUGCAUUCAAAAUUUAUUUGAGACAUCAGUUGAUUCCAUUCACGGUACACCAAGCAUCAUCAUCUCUUUCGCAGCUGGUUGAUUUGGAAUUUAUGUGUUGUGAUCUAGGUGAACCGUGUAUUACAACCAGUUGUGAGUGGAGAGAAGACGAAGUCGCUGACUCAUGCAGAAUAGAUUCUUGGGCUCAGGGUGCAAUUUCAAAGUCUUUCCAUACAAAGCUACCAGAGGAAGUGGUUACAAACUGUGGCGUGUGCCAAUCGAUAGGACCCAAGCUUUCUGGCAGAAGUAACCCUGACAAUUUAAUGGCAGUAAUACUGCAAAGAAAGAGAUUAAUGGAGAUAACAUUUUUAAACAAACAUAAAUGUUUCAUCCCAAGUAGGAAUGAAAAACUUAAGAACUUAAAUUUAAAACCAAAUAAAGAAGGACUUUCUAAUGAAGUUGAAAAUCUUUCUGUUAAAGAUGAAUCCGCUAAUAACAAGCCAGAAAACAAUAAUACUAAAAAGAAACGAAUAAUGAAGCCAGCGAUGAAAUUAGUGCCUGAUGCUACGCUUCUUAGCAAACAGAUAAGUGGAUCAGGCAGACUUGUUUUCGACAAUGAAGGCAAUUUAAUCAGUGUACCUAAGUUAUAUCCUACUAAUAAUAAUAAGCAAUUAGAGUCAACAGUGAUUACCAGCUGUACAGAGUUGACUAGUAAUCUUCUUGGAAAGAAAAUCCCGAUUCAAUGGUAUUUUCGAACGGAUUCACUGGUUCAUGGAACUCACAAUCAGCAUGAACCAACCUCUAGUACUAAUAAUUCUAUUAGGAAUAAAAUUAAAACAGCCAGAUCAUCAGUGUGUAGUACUACAAAUAAUAAAACAAGACAAAGAAAUCGAAGUUUAGAGUCAACUGAAUACAUAGUUGAUCCUGAAAUGAUACGCUUACAAAAAAUCAAGAACUCUUAUGCAAAUAUACCGAACGCAACUGAUUUGGUUGACCUAGUGUUAGGUGUUACAAUAUCGGAUGGAGACCACCUGAAGAUUGGUCGGUUUGUGAAUGAUAAAUUUUCUUCUAUCCUAAACAUUAACUGGGAUGGUCUUGAAGAAAUUCCAUCGGUAAAGGCCAACUGA